AUGUCGGCGCCUGUUGACAUGUUGUCGAGAAGGGGAGCGGGGGAGGCGCUCCACGCUGAUUUGCUGAAGCCUCGCCUCGGUGUGGACAACCCUUUAUUACUAGAUCCGCCUUUGGCCAUCGGAGAAGCAAAUCGCAUCCAUGUCGGCGGCGGCGCAGAUCCCAUCCCCACCCACCUACAUCCCAUCCAUGUCGUCGUCGUCGUCGGCGGAGCAGAUCCCAUCCCCACCCACCUACAGCGCCACGGCGUGGGGAGCGAGGAUGAGGCAUACUUCAUCGUGCGCACCAGCGAAGCCAAGAAACCCGGCGCCCGCCAGGACCGCGCCUGCGAUGGCGGCGUCGGGACGUGGAAGACGCAGAGCAGCGUCGAGAAGUCCCUGCGCGUCCGCGGCGAGAGGAUCAGGGUCCACGUCAGCAACCUCAACCUGCACAUUGGCAAAGGCAAGAACAGCGGCAGCGUGGGGUGGGUGAUGCACGAGUACACCAUCGCCGCGCCGCCCUGCCCGUCGCUCGUCAAGAUCUGCCACAUCGCCUUCAGCGGCCACGGCCGGAUGCGCAUGCGCGUGCCGGAUGGCCAACAAGUUCGUCAGAGUAGUGGUCAUGCACGCGUCGGCGACACCGUGGCCAGCGGUUCAUCAGCGCUUCCUUGUUCUGGGGCGAUGCUCGAUCACGGCUCCUCAGGCGUGGCAUAUGCUUCAUCAGCGCUUCCUUGUUCUGUGGUGAUGCUCGAUCAUGGCUCCUCGGGCGUGGUGUAUGCUUCUGGAGACGAAGAACCCUCACACCUCGUUCUGAUCGACGAUGACAACUUCUGGCAGAGCCCUCUUCUUGGCAGCAGCGACUUUCAGGGCUUCUCGUCCGCAGCGUCAGAGCAGUACACGGAGUUGGAGGCGCAGGUGCCGACUACAGAGCAGCAGGACAUUGUGGUGCCGCAGUUGAUGGGCCAACAAUCUACCAUGCCGGUGGCGCGGCAGUUGUCGGCGGGAGAACUGGAUUUCUGGAGCUCGAUUGGGGUUGAUGUGCAGAGCAAUAACAGUUUUGAUCAGGAGCAGUCCACAGGGGUCCAGAGCAGCUGGGUGGUGCCCAACAACAGCGCCAUGGCAACAGGGGCCCAGAGCAGCUGGGUGGUGCCCAACACCGGCGCCAUGGCAACAGGGGUCCAGAGCAGCUGGGUGGUGCCCAACAAUGGCGCCAUGGCAACAGGGGCCCAGAGCAGCUGGGUGGUGCCCAACACCGGUGCCAUGGCAACAGGGCUCCAGAGUAGCUGGGUGGCAGGAGACCUCGAUGACUUCUGCAGGUCAAUACUGACUAAUGUGCAGACCAACUGUGCGGCACCGGACUUCGGCAACAUGGCCACCGGAACGCUGGGCGGUGGCUGCUCGUUGCUAUUUUGGAUUGUCUUGAAUUACAAAUGGAACAGUAGGAUUUUCGACAAUAUCCACUCCACACCGCUUCAAGCAUGCCAUCUACUUAAUGUACUAUCAAAGGAACUUCUUGGUGAUUUUGAACCAUGUGCUGAAAUAUUUAUUCCGAUCCUGUGCAACUGCAAGGUUUCACGUAUUCUUCCACUUAUAGCUGAUGCAGCGAAGAAUGACCGCAGUGCAGUCCUCCGUGCUAGGUGCUGCGAAUAUGCACUCUUAACAUUGGAGUAUUGGGCAGAUGCUCCAGAAAUACACUGCUCAGCUGAUUUGUAUGAAGACCUAAUAAAGUCCUGUGUUGCAGAUGCAAUGAGUGAGGUCCGUGCAACGGCAAGGACUUGCUAUAGGAUGUUCACAAAAACAUGGCCUGAGCGUUCACACCGGCUUUUCAUGCCAUUUGAUCCUGCCAUACAGAGGCAAUCCUCAUUGCCUAAUGCCCUAAACAUACGACAUAAGUGUUCCUGCAAAAGCAGCCUUUUUGUAUACCUGUAUGUUUGUGAUGCGAAAACUGCAGAAUAUAAAUUCUUUAAGAAAUUGUGUGAACAGUCAGGCCAUAGCUCUCGUUCAUACAAACAUUCUCAUCAAAGCUUUGAAUCAAAGGAUUCCAAGCAAAAACAAGGAUCGUGCAAUGUGACUGCCCCGAAAAAGUUCUAUGUCCACGAGAAUACUGUGUACUGUGAUGACCCCCCUGCUACACCAGCUAAGAAUGAGGAAAUUCCUGGCGAGAAAAUUAGCGUGCAAUCCUCCCAUUCUGAAUAUGGCGAUAAAGAUACACCUCAAGUCAGCCCACAUGAUUGCCUGCUGGGUUUUCAUGUUCUCACACCUAUAGCUCAGACAUCAUUUGAUGUUACAGGGAUUUCAGGAAAUGUUGACAGAGAGCCUGUCAGUGGACAGAUCUUUUCAGAAAAGAGAAGCAAAUUAUUGAAGAUAGCAGCAAAAACAGUGUCAAUGGGAAGUGCUGAGUUGUUUCAAAGAAGGUCAGAAUUUGUACGUGACAUCCUGCAGAGACUAGGCACCGACAACAUCAUGAGAAAGCAAGAAGGGUCCAUGAGGCACAGGAAAAUGGACUGCAGACAAGCUCUUGCUACUCCCAAAGGCCAUUUUGAUAACUUGCUAGAUUACAAACGAAGUGAGUUUAAUUCAUUAGCUAAGCUGAGAAGAACUGGUAAAAUGUCAUCCUCUUAUGCAAGCGAUGAAGAAUGUGAGUUCAUGGCUUUACCAUGGGGAUACAAUCAGGGUCCUGUUGAUCGGAAAAAUGACUUAUCUCAUGGGGGUAGUGAAGCACGUGAGUGCGUGGCAUUGCCAUGGGUGUGUGUUAAUAAUACUCUGAGUUCUAAUCUGAAGGGAGACAUUGAUCACAACCAGGUUUCAAACUCAUUACUAGAGGAUGUCAAUCCAUACGUCCAUGGAAGAUGCGCUUUUGCUAAUGAAUUGAGUUUGAAUGUUCAAACUGAUUCCUAUGAUCAACAUGGAUGGGACCCUAUGUUGUCAGUAACACUCUCCAAGCCAUUUCGUGACAGAUUGUACUUCCCCUGUCAGAAUGAGGAGCAGCAUGCAGUACCAUUUGGAAUUUUAAAUACUUCUGGGCAACCUGACCUUUGCCGCUCCAUAGAACAAUAUACUUCUAGUUCAGUUGGAGUGUGUGGUAAUUCUGGUGCUGGAUUUUCAACCAGGCUUGCUCAGUUAGUUGUGAAACCAACUAUUUCAAGCAUUUUGGAAUGUGGGAGUGACAUUCUGGAUCACAAUGAUUUCAGAUGUAUCUCCAACUUCCAUGUCAGUCAAAGCAAUAACAUGCUCAGUUCAAACUCAAGUUGUCUGAAUUCCAUGUCAACUCCAGAGCAGUCAUACAGGGUUGGCGCAAAGAGCCUGCUUGAUUCUUCAUUUGGUCUAUCUUGUUUGGCUGGACUGGAGCAGUACUCCACGGAGGUAGAACUGCCUGAUAAUUCUGAUAGGCUUCUUCAGGUGUUGGAUCAGUUACCUGUGAAAUUCAUCCCUUCAAGUUUUUCAAACGACAAUUCCAGAAUUUGGGACCAUCAGUCUUCAUACGCAGAGCCUGCUUGUAAGCAAGAUUGGGGUAGCUUACAUGAUUCUUCUACAGAAUUGUGGUCAUCAGGGCAUCAACUCCAAUCCCAUGCUGAUUCGGGAGCUGUGCUUGGUUUCAUGCCAAAUGGAAGUGCUUACAGUAAUUUGGUGGAACGUCAUCGCAGCCUCAUGCUAGCCCAAGGAAACCUGAACAAUGACAUUCUUGGUACUACUGAUGUAUCAUUCUUUGGUUCUUGCUUAGCUUUGGAUAACAUCACAGAGGCUCCUAUGUUAUCUUCCAAUGGCAUAACGUGGUAG